UUCCCCUCUGCCAUCAUAUUUUGGAACAAUCCAUGAACACUACCUCAUUUAUUCCUUUUUUUGAACUAUUUAUUUAUUUUUGUAAUUUAUACAUUUUUUAUGUCUUUGCACUGUACCGUUGCUGCAAAACAACAAAUUUCACAUCAUACGUCAGUAAAAAUAAAUCUGAUUCUGAUUCUGUCAACAUUUUGGGUCGAGACCCUGCAUCAGGACUGACAUUAACGUGUUCUUGGAUUAGCAUUUAAUGUGCUGUAACCAAAGUGAAAUAGAAUUAGAUCAAAAAGCUCAUUUGGGAAAUGAUUAAUGGACUGAAUGGCCUCCUUUUGCACCAUCCAGUUUAUGAUUGAUUCCCCAAAGUUAUUUACCAAGAGUAUAAUGGAGUAAGCUGCAGCAAUACAAAAGUCGACACUAUACCUAACAAAUCCCUUUAUACAUAACCUCAACAUUCAAUCCUUAAGUCAUUGGUUUACUAUGGCAGCAAAGCAUAGCAUCUACAUGAUGCACUGCAGUGCACCAGCAAGACUAGCAAAAUAUCAUGGUUCUCCAUUCCAAGGGCAAAUGCAAUGUGCAUGGGAACACUGACAAAUUGCCCUUCAAGUAACCAACACGCAGUUCAAGAAAACAGUGAAAUGUUGGCCUUGCCAGAAAUACUCCACUCUCAUAGAAUAAUGUUCCAAACAGCUUUGUCCAAAAUAAUUAUUUCUCUAGUUGACGCACGCUCAUAUCCUGAUUUUUAAGAAUUCCAUCACCUGUAGUCUUUUUUUACCUUUCAGAGUUAUAAAACUGAUUUUUUUUAAUGUCAAACUUUCAGAAGUUAUUAUUUUAGACUCAUAAAACACUCGGGUUCAUAUGCCUGAAAUGGAUGUGAACGCCAACUCUUACGUUCCCUCGACCUUGGCAGUGGUGGAAACAAAACAUCUGAACAUUGAGAAUUGUACGGCAAUUCGGGAACUUGAAAGCCACAAAAGAUAAGCUGAAACAGAAACAGCUGAACUCUUUCUCAGUAACCAGAAGCAGAAGUUUGUUGAUUAAGCAGUCGGAGGUCAGUUCCCUGGCCGGCGGCAGCUGGGCUCGGGAGUGUUUGGAUCCCAGCGGGCGCUGUCACGGACGAGCUGCUGGUACCGGGGGCGAUGCGCCAGCGACUCGGUGCCGUGGCCUGGGGGCCGGUUCUGCUCCUCGGCCUAUGCUCCGGCCUAUCGAGCAACGAUGCCGUGCUCCCGCCGCGGCCCUGCCGGAGACCCGACGGCGCCGGCUGCGAGAACCUGUGGAAGGUGAAGGAGCGGGCGGUGCUGGGCUGGAGCUACGACUUGGCCCCGCAGCCGGUCGGCGUGGACUCGGCCUCGGAAGAUAGUGACAGCCUGGCCCGGGGUCUCGGCUGGCGGCUCGAUUCGCAGCUGGAGCCCGGCAUGAUAGCGCCGGCCUUCACGCUCGACACGCUGGACGGGCCGCUGAGCUUCCCGCCCAGCCACCAGCACAGCCCGGCCUCGCUCAUCUUCCACGCCUUCACCAACAAAUCGGGCUUCCUGGAGUGCCUGUGGGCCUCGGAGCCGGCGCUCGCCCCCCUGGCCGACGCGCUGCCCAACAACAGCCAUGUGGUCUUCAUGUCGUUCGACGACAACGCGCCGCGGGACGUCAGGUGGAUGAAGCAACGGCUCAUCCAGGUGCUGGAGCGGAGAGUGAAGAACACCAAGAGAAUUAAGGACUUGUUUUCUCGACUUCAUUUUGUACCAAUUCCCGUAUUUGCUCUGGGUAACUGGAUCCCUGCUGUCUUUUAUUCCUGGAGAUGUCAGGGGCACAACUGUGGACUCUCUCAAGUUGUUUUCACUUCAGCAGAAUUGAGAAUGACAAUUGUUGGCAAACGACUGGAUGCAAGGUAUGACUGGAUAAUGAAAAGCUGGAAAUCAGACCCAUAUACUCUCGGGGAUGGCGGAGAUGGUUGUGAUACUACCCCUGCAGUAAAAGGUGCUGUGGCUUUGGUCUCUGCUGAAGGGAACUGUUCAUACUUCACAAAGAUCAAAAAUAUGGCAAAUUCUGCAGCAUUAGGGGUCCUAGUUUAUGUAAGUCCUGGCAAAGCACUUCAGGAUAUGAACUGUGAAGGAAAUGAAUGCGUCACUACCAUAAACAUACCAGCUUCGAUGAUACAUUUUCAGAAAGAUGUGAUUGAUUUAGUAAGAAACCAUACAAGAGUGAAUGUGACCUUCCAACACACUCCCUCACCUAAUUUUUUCUUUGGAAUUAACAUGGAUAAAAGAUUGUCGGAAUUGGGUUGGUUCCUCUAUCCAUCACUCAAUUUUAUCGUCUGGCAAGCUGAAUGGUUCAAUUAUAUGAAAAACUUGGAAGCAAAGCUUCAGAGGCCAGCUUUUGUAAUAAAUGUGUUCAAUGACACAGUAAUGCAAGGUGACAAGGGAGUUGUUGCGAUUAUUGACCUUCCAGAAGACCAAUCUUCAUUUAACCAUCUAGAACUUGAUGUUUCAUUGUCAUGUCCUGGAACAACAGAUGAAACCUGUGCUCAUUGGGAUCACAGAAUUGAACUUUAUGUGUGUUGUAAAGAGAACAGCUCAUAUUGCAACCUUGAACUUGGGAGAUGGAUUACACCAUUCCGCAGACGCAUUGGCCAUUGGUUAACAGAUGUCUCACCUCUUCUACCCCUACUUAAUGCUGCAAAAUGCACAUUCACAAUGAAGACUGUGCCAUGGGCUAUGCCCUGGAAGCCAUCAUUAAACCUUCGUUUCGGUAAAGUAAGCCAGGUAUCGGCAGGCUACAGUUCAACACUGCGCCCCUUUCAACUACUGCAGCUCUUCACCGGUGGCACUUUCAACAUUAAUUACAACAAGAAGUAUCAGCCGAUUAAAUUUGCUGUGCCACCCUCUACCAGGAAGGUUGAACUCUAUGCUGUGAUCACAGGCCACGGAAGUGAUGAGAAUGGCUGUGGAGAGUUCUGUGUCACUUCCCAUCAUUUUGUAAUCAAUGGCAUAUUUAAUAAUUCAAGGAUUUUUGACAAUGCUGGCACUUCUUUUGGUUGUGCUGACAAGGUUUCAGAGGGUGUGGUCCCAAAUGAACAUGGCACAUGGCUCUAUGGCAGAAAUGGCUGGUGCGAUGGACAAGAUGUGGCACCGUGGACAAGAGAUGUCACUAAGCAGGUGAACAUGGAUGGGUUAAACAGCAUCUUGUACUUUGGCUGGUUUAACGGCAAGGAUCCAAACCCAAAACAGAACCCUGGAGAAAUUGUAAUGUACUCCUACCUAGUAUUCUACAAGUAAAAUGCCAUAUCAUUACCAACCAGGACUUGAGAUCAAUAAUAGCUGAGAAGCAGAUGGUCAUCAAACACUGGAGGUUUAUUACUGAGCUAAUAAGCUCAACUAAUGUUGCUGUCCAUAUUCAGUUGGCCUGACUGUUGAUGUUUAUCUUUAAUGAUCACUAUAACAAUGUUUUAAAAUGUCUGUCUGUCAUGCAGUCCAGCUUCAUUGGGCACUACUCUUUCAUACAUAACUUAAGUAGCUAUUUUCAGCCACAUUUUCUCAUGGAAGAACAUUAAAAUACAAAAAACUGACCAGAUCUGCAACAGGAAGUUUAAGCUUAUUCGAAGACCUGCUUUUUCCAAAAAUAAUUUUUAACCCUGGCUACGAUACAGUUCUUCCACUUUGUGACAAACAAAAUCUAUUUUACUUCAUGCAUUGUUUGAUUGUAUUACUUUUUAAAAAAAACAACCUGAUGUUUCCUCAUUUUGUAAUUUCUCAUUUGUAAAAAGUUCUGUAAAACUUAGUCAUAUUAGCCACAUAUAUUACAAUGGUAAUGUGGUACAAAUUACAUAUCCAUGGCAAAAAAUGGCUUAAACAAAUAUAAAAGCUAACGCUGAGAAUAAUAUUGAGCAAUAACAUUGUCUCUUCAUGCUGUUCAAUAAACUCGUAUAACUUUGUUAUUAA